AUGAGGGUUGAGGUCGCCGUCGUGCCGUCGUGCCAGCCGUGCCGCGACAGGGUCGCCGCUUGGCCGCCGCGCCGCUGCACUGCCAGUAAAAACGCUCAAAACGCCUUUCUUUCUCUUUCUGCCGCAGCCGUGGAGCGGCUCGUCUCGCGAUGGGCGCCGCUGGUGUGGCUGUCGCCGGGCGAGCGCUUCAUGCCGGCCGGCGUGGAGGACUUCCUCAAGCACGUCACCCCCAGGGCCAUGGCCGCCGCCAACGCCGUCCCGGCCAUCCCCCAGGGGCCCAGGUCGGCCGCCUGGUACCUCGUGAGCAACGCAAGCGUCGAGGAGCUGCUGGGCAAUUCGUCCUCCUUCUUGUACGGCCAUGACCCGAGCCGCGGCCCCGUGCCGGUCUACGCCGUGGUCACGCUCACCACCACCAUGUGUCUCGUGUCUCGCAGACUGCUGGACAACGAGGUGCCCUCCGGGCCGGCCGACGCCGAGCCUCUGCUGCACGUCACCUACUGGAUGUUCUUCCCCUACAACGAGGGCAAGCCCGUCUGCGUGCUGGACCUGGGCCCGCUGGGGCCCUGGCCGCUGCCGCUGCUCUGGGGCUCGUGCAUGGGCACGUGGCGGCGCUUCGGCGCGCACGUCGGCGACUGGGAGCACGUCAGUCUCUUCUUCUCGAAGGAGAGCCACCCCGACGCCAUGUACGUCUCGACGCACGAGGCGGGCGCGUUCUACCGCUGGUCCGGGGCGGCCCCGGGCGUGGCGGGGGCGACCCCGGGGCACCUGGUCCUGGAGCGCCAGGAGGUGCGGAAGGGCUCCGAGCUGCUGCAGCGCGCCUCCUUCCCGCUGAUGGCCCGCCUGCACCGCGCCACCGGCCGCCCUGAGCUGUUCGCCGCGCAGGGCUCGCACGGGCUGUGGACGCGGCCCGGCUCGCACCGCUACGUGCGUGUGCCCCGCCUCUACGACCACAGCGGCUACGGGGCGCCGUGGCGCACCUGGGAGCGCCUCGCCGUGCUGUACGAAGGCUCGCCGACGGCGGCGGGCUGGCUGCGCUUCCUGGGCCGCUGGGGUAACCCGCGGGCAGGCUGCCACCCCCUGUCCACGGCCAUCUGCACGCAGUUAGUAUUUUCUGAUUUCCACUGGAAGGGACACAAUGCAAGAAUUGAUCCAUCAUCAGCACUUUAUAUCACAACUUAG